AUGGUUUUAAUGACAAUGAUUGCCCGUGUUGUAGACGGGCUACCUUUGGCCGCUACAAUGCAAGAAGAUGAGCAGAGCGGCUGCAAUAUAUUGGAGUAUCAAAACCAAGCAAAAAUGCUGUUUAGAAAAUUAGGUCCUCAAUCGCCAAUCCGCUGUUCCAUCGAAACUGGAUCCCAUCUCUUCCACUAUUUGAUAGAGAAUGAGAUCUGCUACCUAGUUCUGUGUGAACGCAACUACAGUAAAAGACUUGCCUUCAGUUACUUAGAGGAAAUUGCACAAGAAUUUUAUCAACAAUACGGAAAGAGAGUGAACACAGUGACCCGUCCCUACACAUUCAUUGAGUUCGACACGUGGAUGCAGCGGGCACGCAAGCAGUACGCGGAGGGGGGCGCGCGAGCGAGGCGCGCCGGUGCCACCGCCAAUCUCGGGGGCCAGCUCGGAGACGUACAGCGGAUCAUGAUGCAGAAUAUUGAUGAUGUGCUGCAGAGGGGAGCUGUUUUAUCAGAAUUAGACACAAAAACGCAGAAGCUGUCAAUGAUGUCGCAAAAAUACAAAAAGGAUGCUACAUACUUAAAUACCAAAUCCAUGUUAGUGAAAGUCACCGCGGGAGCCGUCAUCAUACUAGUGGUUGUGUUGUACUUCUGGGUGCUG